CAUGAUAUUACAGAAAAAAGUAGGACUUUUCCAGCCCUGCUACAUUACCACACUACCACCUUCUAUGCUAGUCCUAAUCCAAACAAAAACAAGAAUGUUACAUUUAUGGAACUUUUCAAGUUCUCAAAUAAUGACUACGUUAACCUGAUUUGCCUCUAUCUUGUGCUUACACUCACUGCUUACUGCAGCUUACAUAUACAUAGUUAUUAAUGAAGUGCUAAUGAUGCAUUUACUUUCUAGGAAAUUUAUAAUAACUAACCUACUGAAAUAUGGAAGCAGUCAAGGAGUCAAUAAAACAAGAAGUGUUUGAUGGAGUUGAAACAAAUGGAGCAAAUCUGAAACAAAGCCUUCACUACACAAAAAGAGAUGAAUUCACCUCUGAGCGGUUCAAGAUUAAAGUGCGAGGGCUUUCAAAGUUCUUUCCUCCAGGGCAUUUUAAGAAGCUAUUGGUUGAGACCAUGCAGUUAGCAGUGAAGAAAGUCAAACCAAGCGGCCACGGCAGGGAACCUUGUUAUGUUACCUUCAAUGAUGAGGAAUCUGCGCAGAAAGCAUUGCUCCUGCUUGAGGGUUACAAGUGGAAAGGUCGAACGCUUUCUACAGCUAAAGCAAACCCUGCACCAGACCCUCUACUGCGAGUGCUGGAGCAGAAGGAGGAAGGCACCUACCGGCCUGAUGGUGCUGUGGCAGACACGCUGCCUCUAGAGGAGCGAGUGAUGCUCAGUGUCACUCCUUACGCCCACAUCUCAUAUGAUAAACAGUUGGAGAAGAAGCAAGACGCGGCACUGGAGAUUCUGAGGAGGAUUGGGCGCGAGGUGGGCAAAGUCAACCCUCAGCUUGGCAGCUUCUUGAGGUGGCAGAAACUGCGACACAAAGGAGCUGUGAGUCGAAUAAUUGCGAGCACCAACAGCGAGACCAAGGCUGUCACGGUGGGCUUCCGAGUAUCGAGCUAUAAGGAGGGCAACGUGAGCGUCGGUCCUGUGAUGCAUCUUAAGCACAUUAGUGAUGCCAUGAAGUCCGUUGUCAUGUCUUUCGAAGAGUUUGUACGGUCAUCUUCAUACGCAGCUUUUGACCCUAUCACACACGAGGGCGUGUGGCGACAGCUCACCGUCCGGACGUCCAACAAUAGCGACUGUCUGCUCGUCGUCGUGGUUCACCCCCAGAAGCUGGGGUCUGAAGGCCUGGGUCUGCUCAAGGAGCGUCUAACGCAGUACUGCCGGGACACUGGGUCCGCGGCCGGUGUGACUGGACUUUACUGUGUCGUCACGGGCCAAAAAACAAGCGGUGUGUCGGACGAGUAUGAACAUCUGUGGGGCGCUACGCACAUCACAGAGACGGUGCUGGGCAAGACCUUCAGGAUAUCACCUCAGGCCUUCUUCCAGGUGAAUACUCCAGCUGCAGAGAAGCUGUACGAAGCCAUCGGGGUGCUGGCAGAGCUGGACCAGACCACCGCCCUGCUCGAUGUCUGCUGCGGCACUGGCACCAUUGGGAUCUGUCUAGCUGAGAAAGCCUGCAAGAUAUUCGGCCUGGAGAUCGUUGAUGAGGCUGUAGCAGACGCCCAGCACAACGCUGCUGCCAACAACAUCACCAACAUCGACUACCUCCUCGGCAACUGUGAACAAACUCUGCCUUCUAUUUACGGCGCCGUCAAUGCUCUGCAAGUCAAGGCUAUCGUCGACCCUCCCAGAGCUGGACUCCCGAGCUCGGUGAUCUCGUCUCUACGCCGGCACGCGGAGGUCUCCAGCGUCGUGUACGUGGCCUGUGACCCCAACAGAUGCCAUCAGAACUUCCAGGCUCUCGCCAGGCCCCCGAGCAAGUCCAUCAAGGGCCAGUUCUUCGUCCCCGUCAGAGCGGUGGCGGUGGACCUGUUCCCCCACACGGACAAGUUCGAGCUGGUCCUGCUGUGGGAGCGCUACGACGAGGCCAAGUGGCGCUCCAUUAUUGACGAUAAUCCUCGCGCAGGUGACGAGAAAUAUCUAACCGGCGUUACUGACUCGCCCAGCGAGGCUGGCGGCAACACGAAGCUCGAUGAGCAGCAGAGCUAGGGAGACGGAGUUCGUCCAGGUGCCUUGCCGUGCGUAGAAGGAAUGGAUUCUGACUCAACUGCAAGCUUGAAAAAAUUACACAGCGCGCGACUGAUUAAUUUAAUUACCAGCUAAUUUCUGCUUGCCACCUUCCCCAGGAGCCCUGGGGCUGAGGGCGGCAGAAUUAUUUAGGUCGGCGAAAUACUUAGGCGGUUGAAUGCGAUCCAACUUGGACUGAGUAAUAUAAUAAUUACGAAAAUAAUUAUCAGGGUUACCAAGGUUAAACAUAGGUUUUUUACUGUUCAAUAAUUCACUACGAAAUGCUCGAAAAGGUGUAAAGGAUUAUGUCUAAGCUAAUUAUUGGCGGCCGCCAAUAAAUAUCACGACACGCACGCCAGCAACUAAGUAUAAUUCAUUAAUUAACAGCCUUUCGUAUUUUAUUUUAAUUUAAAUUGUAUUGUUACAGUGAAAAACUUCAUCGAAAUUCGGUUAUGGCUGUUAUAAGAAAGUUUUUUUCGUCAAGCCUACGUCAAUAGAUUUAAUUUAAGGUCCCGUAUAUUGAAUGCAAGUUUUUUAUAGUGUACGGAGCUUGCAUAUUCCAAUCUUUCGGUAAACAUACUUUUCACGGAUUACUUAAUUCUAAGCCAUCGAUUAUUUAGGCGAUGGACUUAUACAAGAAGUUAAGAAAUCAUUGAACUAUCGCUCUGACUAUUGAACUAAAUAACCAGUUUCCGGGAGCUUAGGUCAAUACGAAUAUAACGGAACAGAUCGGGGGUGUGGUUUCUGAUAACGCAUAACUGUUAAUUCAAGAGGCGUUUAACCCGAGGCGGUUAUAAAUAAUUUCACUUUUGAAUACGAUGAUCCAUUGGUUUGCGGAUCAUUAAGCUGCAUAUAUACUGGUGGUGCCUUGAUUCAUUCCACUUUUUCCCAAGUACGAGUAAUGAAUUAGGCUUGUUUUCUCCUUGAAUAUAACGCCUUUGAGACUGCACCCGAUGUUGAGAAAAUUUGCAGUUCUUCGUUUUCAAAUAGAUAAGAUUGGUGCUUCUCAUUGAUGGAGAAGAUCAUUUCUAAAUUGGAAUGAAGUCUCUGGAAAAAUAUUCUUGCUAAAUAUACUCCGGCCACGAAGUUAAUAAAGAUCGAGAUCUCUCCUGUAGAAAAACUUUUUCAAGUUUUGUGCAAAACCUGGUCCUGGACACAUGAUAGGACGAACUCGGAUAGUGAAUAUUUUUUGAACCUGGACAAUAUUAUUUAAUAGUAAAGACAAAAUGACGAAUUUUUCGAAGCAUUGUUUAUGAAGAUGUGUGCAAAUGGCAUUGCGGUUAUGGCAUAGAACAUCUGAAAGUAACGGUAAAGAAGAUUAGUAGAUUUUUGACUCCAUACUUCGUGACCACAGCCCAUAAAGAUGAGGGUGAGCUCUGGAUAGGCCAUCAAAUGAUGUGCGUUGCCAUUCGUUUUCUCAAAUCGUUUGCUUAAAAUACUUGAAAAACAUUCGAUUUUUACUACUGUCUUCAGUCCCAUCUCGCUUGAAAGUUUUCCUGUUUCCAAUUAAAGUGCGUCUGAAAAUCUAAUUGCCCUAUAAAACUAUGUAAAACUGUUUCAGUCCCACUGUAGAUACUUCUCUGCUGGUUGAAUUAGUGCCUUUUUUCAUGAUGAACAUUUGUCUGUGAUCCCUGUUAACGUUUGAUAAUAAAGCUCGUUUCUGC